CGAAGAGAGUGAUCUAGGCGCCACUAUCUCCUUCUCCACCCAUCAUUUGUUUCAGAUAUGGUAGACGCGCAGACACGACGAGGGGCUCAUAGCUUCUUGAUUCAUCCCAUCACCAAGAUAAGACCCAAAACAAACGCCCAUCUCCAAAACCCUCAAGCUUUCACCCUCCAAAAAUGGCUUCUCUCGCUCACCCAACCCCCUCUCUCCCUUCUCUUCUCCCAUCUCUAUCUCCUAAAACCCCUUCUUCUAUCAAACUCCCAUUCCCUUCAAGAUCCUCUCCCUCCCAGUUUCUUGGAGCCCAGAUCUCUCAUCACAUUUCCCCUUCCUCUGUUCCUUCUUCUUCUUCCUUCAAAUUUACCGUCUCUUCUAAGGUGAGUAAAGGCCAAGCCCCACCUGCUUUCAAUUUGAAAGAUCAGGAUGGACGGAAUGUGAGCUUGUCUAAAUUUAAAGGGAAGCCUGUGGUGGUGUAUUUCUAUCCUGCUGAUGAAACUCCUGGUUGCACUAAACAGGCGUGUGCUUUCAGAGAUUCUUAUGAGAAGUUCAAGAAAGCAGGAGCUCAGGUUGUAGGCAUAAGUGGCGAUGAUUCAUCAUCACACAAGGCUUUUGCAAAGAAAUAUAGACUUCCAUUCACAUUGCUAAGUGAUGAAGGAAACAAAGUGAGAAAAGAAUGGGGAGUUCCUUCUGAUCUCUUUGGUGCAUUACCUGGUCGACAGACUUAUGUUCUCGACAAGAACGGCAUCGUGCAGCUCGUUUAUAAUAACCAGUUCCAACCUGAGAAGCAUAUCGACGAGACGCUCAAAUUACUUCAGACCCUUUAAAUCUCUCUUGUUUAUAGCUAGGAUGUUUGUUUGUUCUUAUCGUUCGAGAGGCAAUUAUUUGAUUUUGAAUCGCUAAUAAGAGCGAAGAAUGAUGAUCGUUCUUGUUUUUGGUUGAAAUUAUGUAUAUUUGGAUCAUAUUGUGCAAUGUCUUUCUAGUUUGAUAUGCUUUAAAUCAAAUUGUAGGAUAGUAUGAACUUUUGCAUGUGAGAAUCGAGAUGAUCGACCGUUCUUUUUAC